ACAGAGCGUGAAAAGUUCGGCAACAUGUAUCAUAACGACAAAAAACGACCAUCGUGUGCGACCUUUUCGUGUUUCCCCAGCUACCAAAUCUCUUCACAUCGUCAAUCCCUCUUCCACAGUUUCUGAAAUCAGAAGGGAAACACAGGAACGACAGGCAAUUCGAGGCUGGCAAUCUAAUCGUCUGCCAUCCCGUCUCAUCGUUCUCCCAAAUCUGAGAGCGUUCCCAGGACCUAGGGUUCUUGAGAUCCAGCCCCAGGAUGGAUCCGAACCCUAGAGCUCCCCUCCUCCUCGCCAUCGUCGUUCUCGCGCUUGGCGUAUCCGUGGUGGCCAGCGCCGAGGACGACGCGUCGGGGGUCUCUCUGGGCCGCCGCGCCGGGGGGUUCUUGCACGGCCUGAAGAAGGAUGCACUGGCGGAGGGCGAUCAUGGGGUGGCACUAGACGAGGUUGGACCGGGGCUGUUCGACGCACUCUUUGCCAGCCUCUCCAUGAUACUAGUCAGUGAGAUUGGAGAUGAGACAUUCAUCAUUGCUGCGCUGAUGGCGAUGCGGCACCCCAAGUCAAUUGUGUUGUCUGGUGCACUAUCUGCGCUUUAUGUGAUGACAGUAUUGUCAACUGGACUUGGCAGAAUAGUGCCCAACUUGAUAUCAAGGAAGCACACUAAUAGUGCUGCUACAGUUUUGUACUUAUUCUUUGGACUACGGCUGCUGUAUAUUGCAUGGAAAUCUGACCCAAAGGGAUCCCAGAAGAAGGAAAUGGAAGAAGUAGAAGAGAAGCUUGAGUCGGGUCAAGGGAAAUCAACCAUCCGUAGGUUCUUUGCAAGAUUCUGUACACCAAUCUUUUUGGAGGCUUUCAUCUUAACCUUCUUAGCUGAAUGGGGCGACCGGAGCCAAAUAGCGACAAUCGCGCUGGCAACACACAAGAACGCAAUCGGAGUCGCAGUGGGAGCGUCACUGGGGCACACGGUGUGCACAUCUCUCGCCGUGGUAGGAGGGAGCAUGCUGGCGUCCAAGAUCUCGCAGCGAACUGUAGCGACGAUCGGAGGCGUUCUCUUCCUAGGGUUUUCUGUUUCGUCCUACUUCUACCCUCCGUUGUGAUGAAAAGGCUGCUGAUCGAAACAUAGAUGGCGUAACAACCCAGAUCGUAACAGCACGCCUCGAGUCGCGGGCUUCGUGUAAUGUACAGACACAUUCGAACAUUCCUGACAACAAUGUUCUCUGCCAUGCUGCCUUCAAGUCCGUAUGUAGAAGAUGUCUCAUUGAGAGCAUGGCCGACUUUUUAUUGCUUGUAUCCGAAGUAUUAACUUAUACUAUACGCUGCUCCAAUCUCGUUCACCAGGAAAUCAUGUUAGUCCCUCGUUCUUUCAAAAGCGUGAUAAAAUGUAGAAAAGGCAUCAAGAAGCCCAUCUCUAGUUGUAAAUCCUUCUGCUUUUUCUAAGUACAGAUUUUUAUUGCA